UAGUAAACUUAAUUGUAAAUCGUAAUUGUAAUUGUAAACAAAUAGUUAAGUAUGCUGUAUUUUAAGGCAACAAUGCGUGAAUAUAUUCAUGAGUGAUAUAUCAUCUGGGCCGUCUUUUGGUGAUUUGGUAACGCGCAUGCAAAACGGAGCUUUGUGAUUGGGCAGUCGCAUCUGACAGCUUGUCGCUUGAAACGUGAUUGGUUCGAAGCAGUCCCUCGCACGUUGUCCGUGCUUUCUGUCUGACAAAGCGAGUAAACCCGGUUCUUGUCGAGCUGUGAAACAACCGGAGCGCAGACUUCAGACUCAUUGCCGUUCACCUUUCCGCCGUGAUGGACGCCGUGCUGUCUUGGCUGUUCUCCUCGGAGGAGCAGGAGCGCUACGUUUUGGACUGCAUGGCUUACUUCAUGGGUUUCAUGGCAGCCUGCACCUUCGUCAGUUUACUUUUCCAAAACGUCCCAUACGGAAGGUACGCUUCGAGCUCCUAUGGGUUUCCCGUCAACGUCAAGUUGGCCUGGUUCAUACAGGAGCUGCCCUCCUUACUGGUGCCUCUGUGUUUGGUGCUGUGGACGUCUUCCUCGAAAACAUCUCUGUUGCCCAAUCAGCUCCUCAUUGCCAUGUUCCUCUGCCACUAUGUUCAGAGAACCCUCAUUUAUCCAUUUUUAAUUCGAGGGGGUAAAGCCACCCCGUUCGCUUCGUUUGCCCUGGCCUUCGUCUUCUGCAUCUACAAUGGUUACAUGCAGGUCCGUUACCUGAGUCAUUACGCUGAGUACCCUGCAGACUGGGUUACACGGCCAUGCUUCGUCACAGGUUCUGCUCUGUGGCUGCUCGGCUGGCUGAUGAACAUCCACUCCGACCACAUCCUGAGGAACCUGAGGAAGCCCGGCGAGACCGGUUACAAGAUCCCGAGAGGAGGAAUGUUUGAAUACGUGUCCGGAGCCAACUUCCUGGGAGAGAUAACCGAGUGGGCCGGCUUCGCUCUGGCGGGCCUCUCCGCUCACGGUUUGGCCUUCUCCAUCUUCACCACGGUGGUGCUCGCCAACAGGGCCGUGGCCCACCACAGAUGGUAUCUAUCCAAGUUUGAAGACUAUCCCAGGAGAAGGAAGGCACUUAUUCCCUUCCUGUUCUAGAAAGCGGCCCAACCCGGGCCCGGAGAUGAACAUUGCAUUGUUUUCUUUCUUUCCAAUUUUCUAUAACGAUGAAUGCAGACCGGCACAGCAGUUGUUACGUUCAUUAAAAUAACAGCGUAAAGGACAUAAAGCACCAGGAAACCUCAACAACCUCAGCUUAGAUGGAACUGGAGCUACGCCUGCAGCACAAAGCAUCUUAUGCGGAGCUGAGCUGAGCAGGGGGAGGACGUCGCCCGCAGCAGGAGAUCCUCCUUAGAUCCAAACGCUGCCGCAGGUGGAACACAAACCUGUGGGCAGCAGAGGCCCAGGCCGUGUGCGGCCUCUCCCUGGCCAAGGAGCUGCAGGAGAACUGUUCACUCAGAGAUCAAGCACAUCCUCUCAAUAACUCACCCACGCCUGAAACGAGGCGCCGUUAGGGUUCCUACGAAUCGAUGAAGAACAGCAACCCGCCGAUAAAUAUGGAUGGGACAUCAAAGCUGCGUCGCCGCCGGUGCUGAAUGGAUGGAGCGCAGCGCCUGGAAAGCCAGAAACUGUCCUGUGAGAAAGCUGCCGUCGAUACUAAUGUCUCUUAGCUUCUGGUAUUGUGUUAUGGCGAGUAUUAUUAUGAGUAAUAAAAAAUGUGGUCUUUGUGAGUGAGAGCUGCAGCAUGGAUCAUGCAUUUAUGGAUGUAUUAUAAUAAAGGAUAGAUCUACAUUAA